GCGGAGUCAGAGAGUAUAUAAAUCUGAGCCCAGCUAAGUUCGUCAGUCGCUUCUCACAUAGGACACAUUAAGGCCGAACUGUGAGAGCUCACUCUGUUCUUCUUCGUCACCAACUCAACUUCCGACACAACUUGUCAGAUUCAGGAAACAUGCGUGAGUGUAUCUCCGUGCACGUUGGUCAGGCGGGUGUGCAGAUUGGCAAUGCCUGCUGGGAGCUGUACUGCCUGGAACAUGGCAUCCAGCCGGACGGUCAGAUGCCCAGUGGCAAGACGGUCGGAGGAGGAGACGACUCCUUCAACACAUUCUUCAGCGAGACUGGAGCUGGGAAGCACGUUCCCAGGGCAGUGUUUGUUGACCUGGAGCCCACCGUCAUCGAUGAGGUGCGCACUGGAACAUACCGCCAGCUGUUCCACCCCGAGCAGCUGAUCACUGGUAAGGAGGAUGCUGCCAACAACUACGCCCGAGGACACUACACCGUCGGUAAAGAGGUCAUUGACCUGGUUCUGGAAAGGAUCCGCAAACUGUCCGACCAGUGCACUGGUCUUCAGGGCUUCCUGGUUUUCCACAGCUUCGGCGGUGGCACCGGCUCUGGUUUCACCUCCCUGCUGAUGGAGCGUCUGUCUGUCGACUACGGCAAGAAGUCCAAGCUGGAGUUCUCCAUCUACCCGGCUCCCCAGGUGUCCACCGCCGUGGUGGAGCCCUACAACGCCAUCCUCACCACCCACACCACGCUGGAGCACUCCGACUGUUCCUUCAUGGUGGACAACGAGGCCAUCUACGAUAUCUGCCGUAGGAACCUGGAUAUCGAGCGUCCUUCCUACACCAACCUGAACAGGUUAAUCAGUCAGAUCGUGUCCUCCAUCACCGCCUCCCUCCGUUUCGACGGCGCCCUCAAUGUCGAUCUGACCGAGUUCCAGACCAACCUGGUGCCGUAUCCCCGUAUCCACUUCCCUCUUGCCACCUACGCUCCCGUCAUCUCUGCUGAGAAGGCGUACCACGAGCAAAUAACGGUGUCUGAGAUCACAAACGCCUGCUUCGAGCCGGCCAACCAGCUGGUGAAAUGUGACCCUCGCCACGGUAAGUACAUGGCCUGCUGCCUGCUUUACCGUGGGGACGUGGUGCCCAAAGAUGUCAACGCUGCCAUUGCCACCAUCAAAACCAAGCGCUCCAUCCAGUUUGUGGACUGGUGUCCAACUGGUUUCAAGGUGGGCAUCAACUACCAGCCGCCCACUGUGGUUCCUGGUGGCGACCUGGCCAAGGUCCAGAGGGCCGUGUGCAUGCUGAGCAACACCACUGCUAUCGCCGAGGCCUGGGCUCGGCUUGACCACAAGUUCGACCUGAUGUACGCCAAGCGCGCCUUCGUUCACUGGUACGUGGGCGAGGGUAUGGAGGAGGGGGAGUUCUCCGAGGCCAGGGAGGACAUGGCGGCUCUGGAGAAGGAUUACGAGGAGGUUGGAACUGACAGUUUGGGAGAUGAUGAUGAUGAUGAAGGAGAAGAGUAUUAAAAAAAGUAUGCAUUCCAUUAUUGAAGAUCUGUGCCUUUUGUCAAAAUGUCCAAAAUAAAUUUUGAUAAUUGACUGCA